CCGCACCCUAACACCCCCUCUCUCCUUUUUUUACACCACUUACGAUACGGUGUGGUCCAUCUAUCGAAACCAACUCUUUCCUUGAAAGAGAAGAACAACAACCCCACCUCCUUCUGCAAGUUUGUAAACAUCGAAUAGCAGACACCUUCUCUGCGUCUCAUACCCUCCUAUCUGCUGUGCCAUCAAUCUAUUUGUGUCUCUUCCCCAUUUGCGCCCCGCUGCCCGCAGAUCCCUGAACCUCAACUAUCAAAGCCACUGGGCAGACGGACAAAUCCCUUCCUCCCAGCUCCCCGCAUCACCCAUUCACCCCUGACCUAUUUACAUAUCUAUAAACGAGAGGAACGUCGGAACUAUGAGUUUUUCUUCGGUGCUCAAUAAACUGCACGGGCAGCCACCUACCUAUGACAAGAAGUCACAGUACAAGAUGGGCCGCACCUUAGGUGCAGGUACCUAUGGAAUUGUUCGCGAAGCAGACGGACCCACCGGAAAAGUCGCUGUGAAAAUCAUUCUCAAGAAGAAUGUCAAGGGUAACGAGCAGAUGGUAUACGAUGAACUGGCGUUGCUGCAGAGACUCAAGCAUCCGCACAUUGUUUCGUUUAGGGAUUGGUUUGAAUCGAGAGACAAAUACUACAUUGUCACUCAACUAGCGACCGGCGGAGAGCUUUUCGAUCGCAUUUGUGAGUAUGGGAAAUUUACCGAGAAGGAUGCUUCUCAAGUCGUGCGUGAGGUCCUGGAUGCAGUGAAUUACCUGCAUAAUAACAACAUUGUGCACAGAGAUUUGAAACCCGAGAAUCUUCUAUACCUCACUCCUGAUGCCAAAUCUUCCCUAGUUCUGGCAGAUUUCGGUAUUGCCAAAAUGCUGGAUUCGAGUGAUGAGAUGCUAAACACCAUGGCUGGAUCUUUUGGAUACGCUGCACCUGAAGUUAUGCUAAAGAAGGGCCAUGGAAAGGCUGUUGAUAUGUGGUCUUUGGGAGUUAUCACUUAUACUCUCCUCUGUGGAUACUCCCCGUUCCGUAGCGAGAGUCUCCCUGAUCUCAUCGAUGAAUGUAGCAAAGGAGGUGUUAUCUUCCACGAGCGUUAUUGGAAGGAGGUCAGCAAGGACGCGAAGCGCUUUAUUGGCGGGCUUCUCCAACCUAGGCCCGAAGACCGCCCCACCAGUCAGGAGGCGCUUAGACACACCUGGCUCAUUGGCGAAACUGCCACCGACUACGAUGUCCUUCCGGAAAUCAAGUCUUAUAUUGCAAAAGCUCGCCUCAGGCGUGGAAUCGAAAUGGUUAAGCUUGCGAAUCGUAUUGAAGCACUCAAAAUGAGGGCCGAUGACCCCGAAGAGGAUUUGCCCACUGAUACUGGGAAGGCGGCAACUGAAGGUGUUUCUUCCGCUAGCCAAAAUACAUCGACAUCAGGCGGUGCAAGAAGGCUCUCCAGGGCUGCUAGAUCGGCUAUUUUCCGGGAAGUCGUCCUCGCUAAGGUUAGGGAAUUGAAGGCGGAGGAGGCCAAGCAGAUGGCAGAGAGGACGUUGACCGAGAGAAGCAAAAAGUAGAUCACGGGUUAGGCUGUAGCUCGGCGAAUUGAAGCGAUUGAACUG